AUGGCAGGUCAGGACGGAUCCCAGCCGUUCGCGCUGGUCGUGUGCGGCCCGUCGGGCGUUGGCAAGGGCACGCUCAUCAACAAGCUCACAGAGGGACACACCGACAAGUUCGGGUUCUCGGUGUCGCACACGACGCGCGCCCCCCGGCCCGGAGAGCAGAACGGCAAGCACUACUGGUUUGCGCAGAAGGAGGCCAUGCAGAAGGAGAUCGACGAGGGCAAGUUCAUCGAGCACGCGCACGUGCACGACAACAUCUACGGCACGUCGGUGGCGGCGGUGGACACGGUGCUGGCCGCGGGGAAGUGCUGCAUUUUGGACAUCGACGUGCAGGGCGCGCGGUUGGUGCGGAAGUCGGACGUGCGGUCGAUGUUUGUGUUCGUGGCGCCGCCGUCGUUCGAGGAGCUGGAGAAGCGGCUGCGGGGCCGCGGCACGGAGACGGAGGACAAGGUGCAGGUGCGGCUGAGGAACGCCAAGACCGAGAUGGACGCGGUGGACGAACCGGGGCUCUUCGACUACGUGCUGGUGAACGACGACCUGGUGGAGGCGGCGAAGGGGCUGGAGGGGAUCGCGAUGCGGGCGUUCAUGGGGGCGGGGCCAGAGUCCGUGGGCGGCGCGGUGCGGUGGCGCACGUGA